AUGCCUCGAAGUCGACUGUCUCAACGUUACAACGCUCAAUGGUUGCAGGAAAAUGAACAUUUUGAUGCCGAAUUUUGCCGUUUAUUUUGGAACCCGUUCGCCGAACCCGAACCCUUCGAAUGGCCGAAUGGCCAACCCUUCAAGUCAUCGUUCAAACGGAAACGUGCGCGGAAAAGAUUCCGUACUGCCACACGUAACCGCCAUCGGUGUUCCAUAUGCAGUACCACAUUCCGAUGGCCAGCUGAUCUGAAAUAUCAUCAAGCGUACCAACAUCGUGGCGAACAGCUGAACGUGUGUCCCGUAGCUGCGUGCGGCGUUAACUUUCAGUUCCCCUAUCAACUGGCAAACCAUCAGCGUACUGCCGGUCACCAUAACUGGGCCGUAGUUUGUAAGGAGUGCAGCAAACGGUUCGCGCAUGUUCGGUUUUUGGCCCGCCAUACGGUUGCAUCGUGCAAUCGCUACAAGCAGAAAGUCGCGAAUGCGAACGAACACUACGACGACAAUGUGGCUACAUAA